CAACUGUUACAUAUUUUUCUCAUGCUUCCCUUUUCUUACUCUCUAUCCCUUCAAUUUAACCACAAUAUGUUUCACUUACAUUCAAAUUAAACAUUGCACAAACCAGAUCCCUCUGCCUAGGGUUUAGAUCUGGUUUUGCAUCCCAAUGUAUGAGUACAAAUAGCAAAAUGUUUCCAACAUUUUUUUUCCAUGUCAACGGCAAAGUGGCGUUCUGUAUCCCUACUUCUCUGGUUUAUUAGAAAUUACAUGAGCCUAAUAUGAUCUGAGUAGAAAAAUUAUGAGUUCCCAAGGUAUUGUUGAAGACUGCCUAGGAUGGGCAGCAAGAGAUGCAUCCGGAGUUCUCUCACCUUACAAAUUCAGUCGCAGGACUCUUGGGAACGAAGAUGUUUAUAUUAAAAUUACGCAUUGCGGUGUUUGCUAUGCUGAUGUAGCUUGGACGCGGAAUAAACUCGGUGACUCAAAGUACCCCGUUGUGCCUGGUCAUGAGAUUGCUGGCAUUGUGACAAAAGUUGGCUCCAAUGUCCACCGUUUCAAUGUUGGUGACCAUGUUGGAGUGGGGACUUAUGUCAACUCAUGUAGGGAUUGUGAAUAUUGUAAUGACAGGCUAGAAGUUCAUUGUACCAAAGGAUCAAUUUACACUUUUAAUGGUGUUGAUUUUGAUGGUACAAUUACAAAAGGAGGAUACUCAAGUUACAUAGUAGUCCAUGAGAGGUAUUGCUUCAUAAUCCCAAAAAGCUAUCCAUUGGCUUCAGCAGCUCCUUUGCUGUGUGCUGGAAUUACUGUUUAUUCACCGAUGGUGCGCCACAAGAUGAAUCAACCUGGUAAAUCCCUAGGAGUGAUUGGUCUUGGUGGCCUCGGUCAUAUGGCAGUGAAAUUUGGAAAGGCAUUUGGUUUGAAUGUAACAGUUUUUAGCACUAGCAUAUCCAAGAAAGAGGAGGCACUGAGCCUACUUGGUGCGGACAAAUUUGUUGUUUCAUCUAAUCAAGAGGAAAUGAAGGCAUUGGCUAAGUCGUUGGACUUCAUAAUUGACACAGCAUCUGGUGAUCACCCGUUUGAUCCUUAUAUGUCACUAUUGAAGACAUAUGGUGUUUUUGUCGUCGUUGGUUUCCCUAGCGAAAUCAAAUUCAUGCCUGCAAACCUUAUUUUAGGAUCGAAGACUGUUGCCGGAAGCGUUACAGGUGGUACAAAAGAUAUACAAGAGAUGAUUGACUUUUGUGCUGCAAAGGGUAUUUACCCAAAUAUAGAGGUGAUUCCAAUCGAGUAUGCCAAUGAAGCUCUUGACAGGCUCAUAAAUAAGGAUGUCAAAUAUCGGUUUGUAAUAGAUAUUGAGAACAGUCUCUAAUUAGAUUGUAACGAGAGGCUCAUAAAUGUUCUUCAAUUAAUUAAUUAUAUAAAUGUUUUAGAUUAUUAGCAACUGAAAAAGUCAGUCUCUGAUUACAUUUAAAUUUUUAAUGGCUAUUGAUACUCAUUAGAGUUCCUUCAA